UCUUGAAUGGAUGCCGAUCAUUUUCAUUGACAUCAGCCCUGGAAUUUUUGGGUAUAAAAUGAAAGAAAUUUUGGCCAAGAGACAUCAGUUAUCCUACAGCUGUCCAAGCCAUUUCACAACUCUUUCAAGAUGAAGUUCCUUAUUUUCGCUGCUCUGUUUGCUGUCGCUGCCGCAGCCUACAUCAAGACUCCCGCAGUUGCCGUGUCUUCCGAAGAAACUGCUUCCGCCGAACUCGCUUCUUCCGAACCAUCCGGUUACGCAUCUUCAGUCAAUUCCGCCACUACUUACUCCACCACGACUGCCAAAUCCGAAGUUGAAGAGGAAGAUAACGAAGAUGAUGAGGACGAUAAUAAUUCGAAUGGCAAUGAAAUUACACCAGUUUACACCAGCACUUCAACUUACCCCACUCCAGCUGUUUAUUACAAGGCUCCCGCUUACUCUGCUCCGACAUACAAAGCUGCUUACCCCAAAUACUAAUCACUUUCCUUUUAACUUAUUGUGAAAUUUUAAUUUUGAAAUAAAAAGUAUUCACAUUUAAAUGGCAAUGUCGUGAUUAUUAUUUCGAUUUGAAAACGAGGUAGGCGUCGUCUGCUCUUGCAUAAUUUUUCUCUCAAGUUUGACAUCACGAAAACUGCCGAUUCUGAAAAAUUCAUUCAUUUAAUCGGCUACAGAAUACAGGAAUAACACGAACGUACGAUUGCUUUGAAGCGUGAGUAUCAUUGCGUGACUAUACGUUCAAUGUGGAAAAGUGUAUGUGACUCUGGUGUGUACUCAGCUCUGGCAAGUCAAUUGGGAAGUAGGCCAUCGCUUUUUUUAUUCAGAAUAAUGAUAAUAAUAUAGUUCAAUAUCCCCUGGCAAAGCCGGUUAAUUUAGGACACCCCGUGCAAGGUCGCUUGAAGCGUGAUGGAGUGACGAGUUAAUCAAGCAGAUAAUACCCAGAACAUCUGGUCGAUUCCCUAUUGCAAGCUGGGCUUGUGAUGAGAAGAGAUGACCUCAUGUAACUCCUCUGUAUUGUUGGUGUUAUCUAGUUUCUAAAUCGGGCAAGAUAAUCAAAGAGGUAUGCUACUCCUUGACUCGCAGCAAUAUAGGCCAGGUGAGUAAGCAGAAUGUCUGGCUGAUUUUUCUGAAUUCUUUCGACAAUGCAAGUUCCUUUCCCCCCACUGAUAGCAAACUGGUUUUUUGAAGGUUGUCUCCUUCUUGUUUAUCUCUUGGAUUUACCCAAUCGAUUCUUGAUAGUAUUGUUUGAAAAAGUUGCACAUAGUACCAUUAGGCCUGACAAAGGAUUUAUUCUGAAAGUUACUAUUUUUUUCACUUCAAACUCUACACAAAAUAUGAGCAAAAAACGAAAUAGAUCAACCGGGGAAAACCUCAGAAUUUCUAAUGAGUAUAACAAACUGGUUUGUCGAAAUGAAAAUAGAAAUUUUUGGAAAUCUUAAUCGUUAUAGACUCAUAAUUGAAGAUACUUUGAGAUUGGCAUUGGCACCGUUCAUCUGAUUUAGUUUGUUGACCCCGUACAGUCGUUUUCCGUGCGAGUGAUUUAUUAUUUGCAAUUUAUUUAGUUAUCAUUUCUAACUUGUAGUUUUCUUUGAUAGAACAUGCAGUAACUGGUGUCUAGCUGUUCCCUCCCAUCGUUCAAACUUGUGCACAUGAAUGAGUUUUACUUUAUUAAUUACGUUUCAACGCUUUUGCGAUUCUCAGACAGAUUGAAUAAUAGUCCAAUUAUAAUCUUCGGCAUUGGCAAUCAAUCUUCGAUUAACCUCUCAUUAAGCAAGUACGUACGCAGCUCGCACCUUUUAUUUUUUCAAGUAUUUUUUGUUUAAAAUUCUUUUCUAAUUCUCGUAAAAUGUCUCUGAAAAAAUGUUGAAUCUGAGACAAGGACUUUUGCCCGUCGUGAAAUCGUGAACGCGUGACGCGUGCUUAAACGGUUGUCUAAACAUUGAGAAUGUCCGAGCCUGUCCUGUGUUUUUACUGUCGCCGCUCGCGAAACUGGUUCAUUUGACACACUUCAACUGAUUAUGUAUUGGCGAAUUCUCUGUAAAAGAGUGGAAAGGGCGAUGACAACAAUAGGUUUGUCCUUCUCCGGUGCAUUCCCCCUAACAAUCCGGCCCUUACCCGAUUACUUUCAUUUAAUCAAAGAAAGUACCUCCCACGACUAUGCAGUCUAAUCGCUGUCAAAUGCUAUAAAAUCGUCAAUCAACUCCGAUGGAGGUAUUCAGUCAUCUACAUUUACUCUUGCCAACAUGAAGUUUAUCAUUUUUGCUGCAUUGUUCGCCGUUGCUACCGCUGCCUAUGGUACGACUUACUCAGAGCCAGCUUCAUCUGAAAUUGCUUCUUCCGAAGGGGCUUCAUCCGCACCAGUUUACUCCGCAUCGGACAAACAUUACGAUGGCAACAAUGAAGACGACGACGAUGAUGAUGAAGAUGUCAAAGAUAACACUUCGGAUGAGACUAAGGACACAGCUACCUCAUACAAUUCAAAAGUUAACAGCAAGGAUUCCGAAAAGUCGUCAUCGGAAAAGGCCAGUUCCAUAACGCAGGAGGAUACCAAAUCCACAUACGAUGCCAACUUCAACGAUGAAACCGAAGAGACUAAAUCAACGACUGUCUCAUACGUCACCCCAGCUUACUCUGCCCCGGCAUAUUCUGCCCCGGCAUACUCUGCCCCGGCAUAUUCUGCCCCGACAUACUCUGCCCCGGUAUACUCUGCCCCGGUAUACUCUGCCCCGGAAUACUCUGCCCCGGAAUACUCCCCUCCGGAAUACUCUCCUCCUGAUUACUCCGCUCCGGCCGCUCCUUCCUAUGUAACCCCGGGCACCCUUUUGCCUUUUUGGCUACGAUCAAGAAGUCAGUACUAAAUUAUUUACUAUUUAAAUCCUGUGUGCUCUUUGCUGUAACCAUAGUUUCUACAAAACAAAUUAUUUAUAAUAGAUAUCUUUCAUUCAA